GCCUUCUGCUCAUUAUCAGGACAGACCAUCCACAGCUCCUCAGAAUAUUCCAGACUGAAGAAUCCUCCCAUUAUACAACAGCAUUUUUCUACAACUUUUUUUUUGUCCUGCUUUGGAACUCAAAAUCCACUUUUUUCCCUCAAACCUUUGAAUUUAUCUUCAAAAAUGCUUCCAGAGACACACAAGAGUUUUAGCUAUGACGACUGCAAGGCCACUGCUGACUGGCUGCUGGCGCAGAUAGACAUCCGACCAACUGUGGGCAUCGUGUGCGGCUCCGGCCUCGGAGGGUUGGCCGACCUUUUAAAGGACCAGGUGGCCUUUGACUAUAAGGACAUCCCAAACUUUCCUCAGAGCACCGUGCAUGGACAUGCAGGGAGGCUGGUGUUCGGCACCAUGAAGGGGAGGCCUUGUGUUUGCAUGCAGGGUCGUUUUCAUCUCUAUGAGGGCUAUCCAAUUCAGAAGAUCACUCUGCCAAUGCGUAUCUUCAAGCUGCUUGGGGUUGAGACAGUGAUUAUCACCAAUGCAGCUGGAGGCCUGAACCAAGACUUUAAGGUGGGCGACAUCAUGGUCAUCAAAGACCACAUCAACUUACCCGGGUUUGCUGGAACCAAUCCACUGGUUGGACCAAAUGAUGAAAGGUUUGGCGUGCGGUUCCCCUGCAUGUCUGACGCAUAUGACAGAGAUCUGCAGCAGCUGGCCAUGGAAGUGGGACAGGAGUUGGGGUACGGAGACUUCUUGAAAGAGGGAGUAUACUGCGUACUCGGGGGGCCUUCAUUCGAGACGAUCGCAGAGUGCCGAAUGCUGCAUUUAUUGGGUGCUGAUGCUGUUGGCAUGAGCACUGUCCACGAAGUGAUCGUCGCCCGUCACUGCGGCAUGCGCGUCUUCGCCCUGUCUUUGAUCACCAACUUAGGGGUGAUGGACUACGACAGCGAGGAGAAGGCCAACCACGAGGAAGUCCUCCAAACAGGCAAACAGCGAGCAGAACAAAUGGAGCAGCUAGUUUCCUCUGUAGUGAACCGGAUUGAACCCAACAACAACUACAUCUGAGAACAA